AUGAUUUAUCGGAAUACGAAAAGUGUGAUAAUCGGUCGAAAUCAAAAUCCAUGGACUGAAGCAAAUCUUGUUAGUUUGAAAAAAAAUGAUGUACCAAUUCUUCGUAGAAGAAGUGGAGGAGGAACAGUUUAUCAUGAUGAAGGAAAUACAAAUUAUUCAAUUAUGAUCCCAAGAGGAAUGUUUGAUCGUAAAACUACUGGAGAACUGGUGACUCGAUCACUUAUUUCAUUAGGUUUACCUGAUAUCGGAUUAAACCAUCGACAUGAUAUUUGUUUAGGAUCAGAUAAGGUUUCAGGUUCAGCUUAUAAACUUACAAGAGAUCGAUCGUAUCAUCAUGGUACGAUGUUAAUCAACUCAAACUUAUCUCAACUUAAAGAUUUCUUAAAUCCAAAUCAAUCUCAAAUCGUUUCUAGAGCCACUGAUUCGGUUCGAUCACCUGUCACUAACCUUGCUAGCAGGUUUAGUAACCUUGAUCAUACGAGUUUUACAAACUCACUUACUCGAACGUUUUUGGAAACAUAUUAUCCUACUCUUGAUCCUGAUCUUUCGCCAGUAGUUAUAAAUUCUGAAGAACUUGAACAGGACAGUGCGAUUGAAGAUGAGAUGAAAGAACUACAGUCCUGGGAUUGGACUUUUGGUCAAACACCAGAAUUUUCAAACACGAUCCCGGUUCAGUUGUUUGGUUCCAGAUUGGACAUACAUCUUAAUAUCCGACAAGGCAAGAUACAUAAUGUUGAAUUGAUCUCGAGUUCAGUAUCUGACAGAUUUGAUCAGCAAGAGAUCACAGAUCAACUACAAAGUAUCCUUGUUGGUCAAAAGUAUGGACAACUUGAGUUGCCAAAUGAUGUUGAGUCAGAAGUGAUCAAACAGAUUGUGGAUGCAGUUGCUCAACAGAUAUAA